AUGGCUUCUUAAUCUUACUACUAUGAGAAGCCUAAAAUAAGAAAAAUUCCUAACUUCUCUAUAUCCUUCUUUGAAGUCAUAGAAUUUCAGCACUAGAAUGAUUACAUGAAAGAUUACUUGGCAUUCAGAGAGAAAUUUGGACUGGCUCAGCAUCUGAAGUACAUUAAGGAGACUGAAAAUUAGCACUAAAGAGAAAUGCUAAGAUUAAACUCAGGUUAUGAUGGCACCUUGUCCUGCUUCAUAAAGCUCAUUAACUCCUUUAACAUGAAAUUCAAAUAGUCACUUGAGGAUUAAUAAUACAGUAUAAGAAAAGAGUAGUAUGCAGAGUAACUUAAGAAACUUAUCUAUGAAAAGUAAAUGGCAAAGGUAAGAGAAGUCAGUAGAUUAUUGCUAAAAAAGAGACACCUACUGACCCAGAUGCAAGAGCAGUUCUCUCAAAAGAUAGAUUUGCUUCGUGAAUAGGUGAAGAUAGCUAAAAAUUAAACUUAGAUGUUAUCAGAUUAGUUAAAAGAAUAAAUAGAAUUUGAAAAGUUUUCAAGAAAGGAUUAGAUUGAGGUUAAUUCGAAGCAUAUUGAAAAUCUCAUAAGGAUACAAUACAAAUGCAAAUAUAAUGAUGAUAAGAUUCAAUAUUUUAACCUUAGAGACCUCAUAUCACAACUUGGAUUAUAAUAGCAUUACAAUAAAAACGGAGACUUUAUGCAUUUGUAUAAUGUAAAGAAACUCCUACAAGGGCAAACAUAUAAGUUCUUUAUGCUGCAAAUGUAUUGUAUAUUAGAUCACCCGCUCAGAACUGAAAAGCGAUAACUCUUCAGAAACUUUAUUAAGAAACACUGCUCAUUCUUAAGCAAGUCAGAUUAUGUACAAUACGAACUGAUCGAGGACGAGGAAUUGAUUGAUUUUCGAACUUCAGAUUUAUCUAGCAUUAAUUAUAUUCUAUACAAGAAAAGGCUUGUUGAUAAAAGAAUGGAUUUCAAGGUAUUUCUAGUAAAUAAUGAAGCUAAUAUGGUUAAUUUCAAGGUAACUUUGUGA